AGUCGGGAGAACCCAUCCAGACAUGAAGAGCGCCAAAGGUAUUGAGAACCUGGCUUUCGUGCCCUCCAGCCCGGACAUCCUGCGCCGCUCGUCCGCGUCGCCCUCCCAAAUCGAGGUCUCCGCCUUCUCCUCCGACCCUCGGAGAGAGAAUUCGCAGCCGCAGGAGCUUCAGAAGCCCCAGGGGCCCCAGAAGUCACCGGAGCCCCCUCUGCCUUCAGCCCCUCCCAAUGCCUCCGAAGAGAAGCCCCGGUCACUGUCGCUGUCCGAGUUUGACGAGGGGCCUUGCGGGUGGAGGAACCUGCACCCCCAGUGUCUCCAGCGCUGCAACACGCCUCAAGGCUUUCUGCUUCACUACUGCCUCUUGGCCGUCACGCAAGGCAUGGUAGUUAAUGGCCUAGUAAAUAUUAGCAUUUCCACUAUUGAGAAGCGUUAUGAAAUGAAGAGUUCCCUGACUGGCCUGAUUUCAUCAAGCUACGAUAUUUCAUUCUGUUUGUUGUCUUUAUUUGUAUCAUUCUUCGGUGAAAGAGGACACAAGCCGAGAUGGCUUGCAUUUGCAGCCUUUAUGAUAGGACUGGGAGCACUUGUAUUCUCAUUACCACAAUUUUUCAGUGGAGAAUAUCAACUGGGGUCUCUUUUCGAAGAUACUUGCAUAACAACAAGGAAUAGCACCAGUUGUACCUCUUCAACUUCUUCACUUUCUAACUACUUGUACAUCUUCAUCUUGGGACAACUAUUGCUGGGGGCAGGAGGAACUCCUCUCUACACCCUGGGAACAGCCUUUCUUGAUGAUUCUGUGCCCACACACAAAUCUUCUCUCUAUAUAGGAACUGGUUAUGCUAUGUCAAUCUUAGGCCCUGCUAUUGGCUAUGUAUUGGGAGGACAGCUGCUAACCAUGUACAUUGAUGUUGCUAUGAGUGAAAGCACUGAUGUCACUGAGGAUGAUCCACGUUGGUUGGGAGCUUGGUGGAUUGGAUUUAUUCUAUCAUGGAUCUUUGCUUGGUCUUUAAUAAUACCUUUUUCUUGCUUUCCAAAACAUUUACCAGGUACAGCAGAGAUUCAAGCUGGAAAAACUUCCCAGGCUCAUCAGAGUAAUAGUAAUACAGAUGAAAAAUUUGGAAAAAGUAUUAAAGAUUUUCCGGCUGCUCUAAAGAAUUUGAUGAAGAAUGGUGUCUUCAUGUGUUUAGUUCUAUCAACUUCUUCAGAAGCCUUAAUUACUACUGGAUUUGCUACAUUUUUACCUAAAUUUAUAGAAAAUCAAUUUGGAUUGACAUCCAGCUUUGCAGCUACUCUUGGAGGGGCUGUUAUAAUUCCUGGAGCUGCUCUCGGUCAAAUUUUAGGUGGUGUCCUUGUUUCAAAAUUCAAAAUGACAUGUAAAAACACAAUGAAGUUUGCAUUGUUCACAUCUGGAGUUGCACUUAUGCUGAGUUUUGUAUUAAUUUAUGCCAAAUGUGAAAAUGAGCCGUUUGCUGGUGUAUCUGAAUCAUACAAUGGGACUGGAGAAUUGGGCAACUUGGUAGCUUCCUGUAAUACCAAUUGUAACUGUUUGCGAUCAUAUUACUAUCCUGUCUGUGGAGAGGAUGGAGUCCAAUAUUUUUCUCCCUGCUUUGCAGGUUGUGCAGACUCAGUUUCAAAUAGGAAACCAAAGGUAUAUUACAACUGUUCCUGUAUUGAAAGGAAAACAGAAGUAACAUCCACUGCAGAAACUUUCGGUUCUGAAGCUACAGCUGGAAAAUGUGAAACUCAUUGUGCAAACCUGCCCAUAUUUCUUUGCAUUUUCUUUAUUAUAAUUAUUUUUACAUUUAUGACUAGUACUCCUAUGACUGUGUCUAUCCUAAGGUGUGUUAAUCACAGGCAACGGUCCCUAGCCUUGGGAAUACAAUUUACAUUCCUUCGAUUAUUGGGAACAAUACCUGGACCAAUUAUAUUUGGUAUCACAAUAGACAGCACAUGUAUUCUUUGGGAUAUAAAUGAUUGUGGAAUUAAAGGAGCUUGCUGGAUUUACAAUAACAUCAAGAUGGCCCAUAUGCUAGUAACCAUAAGUGUUGCUUGUAAAGUUAUCACCGUUUUCUUCAAUGGAUUUGCAAUCUUUUUGUAUAAACCACCUCUAUCAGCCACAGACAUGUCAUUUCACAAUCAGAAUGCAGUUGUGACUAAUGUUUUAGUAGAACAGGAUCUCAACAGAGUAGGAAAAGAAGGGUGAAAUGGAAAAAUAGAAGACUGUUUUACACCUGAGAAUUUUACCUCGAUUUUUAAGAACACACAUUACCAUGGCAGCAUUAUCUAUCCAAUAUGGACAAUCAUAUUUAAAAAGUUGAUAUUUUUAUAAUCAAAUGUAUUUUUAUUUUAUAUAAGUGUUUUUUUCAUGCAAGAAACAGACACGUGCCUUCAAAGCCCACCAAAACCUCAACACACACACACACACACACACACACACACACACUCUCUUAUUUCUCAUUCCCAGUCUCUAGGUAUGAAAUCCUCAAGUAAUAACAAGAAAAAGGCCCAUAAUUAGUUAGAAAAAUUAACAUUAAAAAUAGUGAUGUUUCUAUCCCCAUUACAACUUGUUUAAUUUUAAUUUUCAUUGUCAAUAUUUUGAGCUUAGAAUGUUUACGGUAUAAAAAUUUGAACUAAUCAAAGUUGUAUGAUGAAUUCUGGGAAUUAUUACUGAAAGCCUAUGAAUUUAAAACCAGGUUUGCUAUGUAAUUUGUUUUUGAAUUUAUGUAUACUAGUUUGGCCUUUCUUUCUUAAAGCAAGUUAUUUAACUGUUAGAAUAUGUUAGUUAUUUUCCCUGUGUCCUGGUGUAUAGUGAAUACAGAAACAUCAGCAUUGUAUACACAUAUUUUCACUUUAAUUCAAGAAUUCCAGGAAAUAAUUUAUUGAUAUUACAAGUUUUCACACUUUUAUGAUUCUGUGAUAGUAUUAUUCAAUUACAUAUAUUUCAGAGGAAAGUACCAGUCAGUAAAGAAAAAUGCCAACUAAAUAUGAAACUACUGAUCAAUACUUAUAUACCUAGUACUUUAAUUUUUCUUGUUUGAAAAGCCAGUCACUUAACACAUUACUCAUAGCACCUAAAACAGUGCCUUGCGUACAGUAGUCAUUUAUUAUUGUUGUUUAAUUAAAACAUUAAACCUUACCCCUUAACUCAGCAGUCCUCAGCCUUUUUUGCAUCAGGGAACAUUUUUGUGGAAGACAAUUUUUCCAUGGGGAAAAGAGGGUACAGUUUUGGGAUAAAACUGCUCCACCUCAGACCAUCAGGCAUUAGUUAGAUUCUCAUAAGGAGUGAGCAACCUAGAUCCCUCGUAUGUGCAGUUCACAAUAGGGUUUGCACUCUUAUAAAUCUAAUGCUGCUACUGAUCUGACAGGAGGUGGAGUUCAGACCAUAAUGCUCGCUCACUUGCAGCUCAGUCACCUACUGUAUGGCCUGAUUUCUAACAGACCACACACAGCCGAGGGUUGCGACCCCUGCUUGAACUGAUGCAUUGAUUUAAUAAAGUAUUUUAUAAGCCUGAUUAUGUUAUAACCCUAUUUAUUCAGGUCAGAUUUAUGCCAACUUUGCUGAGAAUAUGGAGGGUAUAGAUCAGUGUACAUCAACAAAUAUAACUUCUACCAUAGUUAAGAAUUUUACUUAUUAAGAAAAUUAUUGAAGUCCAAAUCCAGAUAUUAUUGCAUUUAAAAUUUUUAUAAGGGUUAUUCAUUUAAUAAAAUUCAUUAUCACAUUUCUCAUAUAAGUUUGUCCUAGGUUGGUUUUCCACAAGCAAUGUUUUAUAUACACCGUAAUCAGGGUAACCCAAGCUUAGUGUUAGUUAGAUCUCGUAGGAAACCAGGGUUAGAAAUACUAGAAAUUUGCAGAAUUUAAGAAAUUAUGUUUUAUGGUAAUCUAUGGCCAAGGAUGAUAGCGCCUACUGCAAUUGUAAAGUGAAAUUCAAGGAGAAGGAAUGAGCAGUUAGGCAAGCAAGCACACUUGAAUAUUAGAGAAGGAAUCAGAGAGACCUACUAAAACCAGACAGAUAUAAACACCAAAGACAUGCCUGAAGCCAAAUAGGUAGCCAAAAAAAUCCAGAUAUUUGAGAAGCAGGAAAUUUAUAGCAACCAAAGAAACAGGGCAGGAUAGGCAGGGGAACACACACGCUACCUCAAUUAACAGUCUCCCUCCCGCCAAGCCAGAUUGUAAAUGCUGCUUCCUAUUAGAGUCCAGAAAAAAGGAGAGUUCAGGCUUGCUGUGUCCUAUAUGUGGAAGCAGGAAAUUGGAUUGAAGACUUUCAUAGUUGUAAAAUAAUGGCAAAUCCUGAGGAACUCACUGAUAGAGAUGUGAAAUGACAGUAAGAAAGAAAACAGAAUAACUAUACAAAUAUAUUAGUCUAGGGCCACUUAAUUUAGAGGAAGAAAGAUAUCCCCCAUCCAUAGGAAUAAUUUGAUAAACAGGUGACUAAAUAUUCAGAAUUUAUAAAGAUUCUUAGUUAUCAAGGGCUGUGUUGUAUUUUAUAUACUCAGUUUUAUAAGGUGGUACUCUUAAGCUUUUUAAUGAAAGUGGUUAAACUGAAAAUAAUUUUGGUACUUAAAGGGAGUCAGGAGCCUUUAUAUAUAAUGUAUAUAUUUUAAAAGAAUAUCUCCUUUAUAAUAGGGCUUUACAGACACUACUGUAAUUUAUAAUAAUUGCUUUUUACCUUUGGGUUCAUCUUGAUCAUAUGAGGUGGUACGAUACUUCUGGAACAAAUUAUUCAUAGUGUGUUUUUUUGUAAUUUGUGAUUUUUAAGUAAGACUGACUUAUAAGUUGACAUUGUAAUUUUGUACAUAAUUGGAUAUAUGUCUUAAAAUGUAACAUCUGAAUUUAUUUAAUUGUAGAAAAUACAAAUGUAAAACUUAUACAUGAAAAGAACUGCAUACAGUUGACUUUAUUAUAUAAAUUGGAGGAAAACAAAGUUUUAGAUCAAUUUUCUUUCAAAAUUUUCAUUAUUGUAAAGUAUGCAAAAUAUAUAUUCAUACCAUUUAUUAAAUCGUAAUGUUUAU